UGCUUUUGACUUAGAAUUAUUGUAAACACGUGUGAGGGAAAAUGGGAAAAGAAAAGAAAGAGAAAAGAAAAUCUGAGGGCGGCGAAGAAGUAGAAGAAAAGGACGGUAAAGAGGCUUGGAUAGAAAAAACAAAAUAUCUGAGUCCCAUUUCCAAACCACUUGCUCCUAGAAAACUCACUAAAAGACUUUACAAAGUAAUCAGAAAAGCCCAGUCAAAGAAAAACAUUGUGUCUGGAAUAAAAUUUGUACAGAAAAGCAUUCGAAAAGGAGAUCAUAAUGGGAUUAUGAUUCUGGCUGGGGAUGUUUCUCCAAUAGAUGUCAUCUCACAUAUUCCUGUCCUUUGUGAGGAAAAUCAGAUCCCAUAUUGUUAUGUUCCAUCUAAAACAGAUCUCGGUGCUGCCUGUGGAAACAGAAGGUCCAUGAGUCUUCUGAUUGUUAAACCUAACAAGGAUUAUGAGGAACUGUUUGAGGAAUGUAAAAGUGAGGUAGAAAAUCUCCCCAUGCCAGUCUGAGGAACAAGUUAGUCGUGCUGAGGACCAAGAGAAAAUCAUCGUUACUGACUGUAAAAUAGUGUUCAAGACAUUUCAGUCAUUAAUUCCAUGAGAUGUUUCAUAGCUACAUGUAGGACUGUACAUGUUAAAGAUUGUUUUAAAUUUGUUGUAAGUUUGUGUACAUGUACAUCUUGUUACAAAUGAAAUUUGUUAGGCAGGAUACAUUUAUAUGUAUGUUCAUAAUCUGCUUAAUAUUAUAUGUCUAAAAAAAAUGUCUUGAAAUCAAUCAAUAAUUUUACAAUUCUAUUUGUGAAAAUAACAGUUAUAAAAUUACAUGCUUUAUAUGUAAAAGAUUACGUGUAGAUGCAUGUACUGGGUAUUAGAAACUGUUUUUAUUGGAGAUUAGUACUGUAUUUUGGGUUCAUCACUGCCUCAUCUUUUACAGUGACUAACAGUGUGUUAUAUUUAAUAAAAAUAGAAACUUGAA